AUGACUUCACACGCGAUCAAUGGAGCUGGAGCCCCUUUGCCUCAAGCGAAAACUCUUCUUAUACAUAUCAUUGACCAUAUGGCCAAAAUAAUGCCGCAAGCUCUGUACGCCGAGUUUCCUAUCUCGCCAGUGACCUAUGAUGAAGGCUUUCGCAAAGUCACCUAUAAAGAUUUUGCUAAUACUAUUAACGGAAUUGCAUGGUGCUUAUAUAAUAAUCUUGGGGCGGGAAAAGAACUCGAAACUCUAGCUUACAUUGGCCCCAAUAAUCUCAUUUACCCAUCGCUCAUCUUCGGAGCUGCCAAAGCCGGUGUCGCUGCUCAGCUUGAUCUCAUAAAGGUUGCAAAAUGUAAAACUUUCAUUACUUCUGGUCAACCACUACCAUCCGCGACAGCAAUUCUAGCUGCUGCCGGUUCUGCACUGCAAACACUGGAGAUUCCAAUUAUUGAAGAUCUUUUGACCACUCCCUCAACACACUAUCCAUAUGACGAGACCUUCGAUGAAGCCGCCUACAUCGCGCAUGUGAUUGUAAAUGGAAUAUCAUUCCAAAGUUCCGUGAUUCUCCCACUACAAGCUGCAAUAUCUUCAGCACAAUCUUUAUCCGGGGCAUUGAAAAACAACAAAAUUGAUGUUGCUUUCGUCGUGCCACCAAUCUUGGAGGAGAUUAGCAAGUCGCCAGAGCUCUUAGAACAUAUUUCUACCAAUCUCGAUACUGUAGUAUAUUCAGGAGGAGAUCUACCUCUUGGUUGUGGCAAUAUCGUGGCAUCUCGGGUGAAACUCAUCAAUUUUUAUGGAACCACUGAAGGCGCAAGUCUUCCUUUGAUCUCUUCAACUGAAGAAACGACACGGAAAUAUUGGAAAUAUCUUCAUAUACAUCCCAGCGCAGGAGUAGAAUUUCGCCCUUAUAACGACACAGUGUACGAAUUAUUCAUUGUCCGCGAAAAGAACUUUGAAAAUCAUCAGCAAAUCUUCAAGACGUUUCCUGAUCUUCAAGAAUACCAGACUCGCGAUUUGUUUGUUCCUCACUCCUCGAAGCCGAACCGCUGGAGUCAUUAUGGAAGAUCUGAUGACAUCAUCGUUCUCGUAAAUGGAGAGAAAACAUACCCUGUUCCUACUGAGCAACAUAUCCUAUCUAGUCACCGAGAGAUAAGUGGGGUGAUAGUAGCCGGCUCUCAACGUUUUCAAACCUCGCUGUUAUUGGAAGUCACGAGUAAAGAGGAAUUAACGCUCGCGCGUAGACUUGACCUAGUGGAAACUAUGUGGCCUUCGAUCGAAGAGGCAAAUGCAACAUGCCCAACGCAUGCGAGAAUAGCUAGAUCUCACAUUCUUUUCGUUUCAUCGGAUCGUCCUAUGAUCAGAACACCCAAAGGGACCAUUAUGAGAGCAGCUACCCUGGCGCAGUACAAAGAAGAGCUUGAUGCACUUUAUGAAACUGCGGACCAAACUUCAAUCGAGUCCAGUACGACUUUAAUCCCACACGUAGAUCCUCAUAACUUUGAGAAUUUGAUCUCACAAUUUUUUCAUAAUGGCAUGGAUUCAUUACAAGCUUUGAUGUUUAUACGCAAUCUGAAGCGCGUUUUCAAUCUUCCGCAAUUGGUCGUCAACGAUAUCUAUUCAAAUCCAUCACUUAUAUCACUCGCCCGAGUCUUGCAACAUUCCUUGAAACAAGGAAAAGAUCUGGGCCCGCCGCUAAUCGCCGAAGAAGCACGUGUGAAGAAUAUUGAACAUUUACUUGCGGACUAUUGCGGCUUAAGUGAUGGUAUUCCUCCUUUGGAAUAUAGUCCUGUUUCAUCGCCAAGAAUAAAGAGUGGGGGUAUUCUUCUCACAGGCUCGACAGGUGGGCUAGGUUCUUAUAUCUUACAGAGACUCUUGACUACAGCUACCACUGCGCAUAUUUACUGUCUCAAUCGAUCCACCGACAGCAAAUCUUUGCAGAUUGAAAGAAACAGGAUUCGAGACUUGCUUACAGAAUUUCCAGAAGAUCGUGUUACAUUUCUUUCUGCCGAUCUUUCAAAGUCUAAGCUAGGGCUUGGGGAUGAAGUCUAUAAUGGUCUUUUACAGAAUGUUACGCAAAUGAUACACAACGCCUGGCCGGUCAAUUUUCAUAUCAAUUUAUCGUCAUACCAUCCACACCUUCUAGGAGUCGUCAACUUGGCCAAAUUUGCGAGUGAAGCUUCCAGGUCGCCAUCACUUUUGUAUAUUUCCUCCGUCAGUGCAGUAUCCAGCUUCGCCUCCAUCGAUGACUCAGUCAGCAGGAUCCCAGAAGCAAUCAUUCACGAUGCCUCGGCGUCAGAGCCGAUGGGUUACGGUGAGAGCAAAUACAUAUCAGAACGAAUCUUGGACUACGCGAGCAAGAAAAUUCAACUCCAAGUUAACAUUGCACGUGUUGGUCAGAUAUCCGGUCCUAUCCAAGGGCCAUCUGUAUGGAGCCGACAUGAAUGGUUUCCAAGCUUGAUAAUUUCCUCUUCUUUUGUGGGUGCGGUGCCGGAUUCUCUAGGAUUAGAUUUGGAUAGGAUUGAUUGGAUACCUGUCGAUGCUCUAUCUGAGAUACUUGUCGAACUUUGCCAAAUUCCACAGCAUGAUAGAGAGAUCGAUGGUGCAAAAGUGUUCAAUUUACUCAAUCCAUACCAGGAAGAGUGGGGAAAUCUUCUACCAACAGUUAUAAAAUUACUCUCUUCAGGCAGCAGUGCUGAAACCGGAAUUGAUAAAAUAAGCUUCGAGAGCUGGAUCCAGAAGGUGGAAGGGACAAUGGAUCAGCAACCUUUUUACAGCAUAGAAGAGAAUAACGACAAGGAAACACAUUUUAAUCGUCUGGUAGAAUUAAACCCAGCAAUCAAACUAACUCAUUUUUACAGAGCAGAAGAAAGAAAAAAUGAGGGCAAGAAGUGGGAAACCGGAAGAGCGCAGAUGCAGAGUGAAAAGCUCCGGAACUUGGGGAAGAUCGAGAACAUCUGGUUGGAAAAAUGGAUCAAGACGUGGGUGAACAAUAAUUCCAACAAGGCGUAA